UCAUCUUAUUUAAAUCACAUCAUCUCUCUAACACAUCACAUCAAACCCAACCCAAACCCAACCCAUAUAUAAGCUAAUAAGUCAAAAAAUGUACUUUUUUAGAACAUCCCAAACCAACCCUAAAUAUCUAAAUCUCACUGGUUGUGCAAAAUUAGAGGAGUUUCCAGAGCACUUGGGACAUAUGGAAAGCUUAACAGAGCUUCUUGCAGAUGGAACAGCCAUUAAACAGCUACCUUUCUCUAUUGGAUUGUUGAAGAAUCUUAGGAGCUUAUCUUUGAGAGGAUGUAAUAGGCAAUUGACAACUAAAUCCUUGUUUUCUCUCAUUUCAUCUUGGGUUUUAUCGAGAAAAAAUGCCGACUUCAUAAGAUUUUUACCAUCCUCUGUUUCAAGUUUGUGUUCCUUAACAAAGCUACAUCUCAGUGAUCGCAAUCUGUCUGAAGAAAAUUUUCCAGCUAAUAUUCGGAGUUUAUCCUCGUUGCGAGACUUGGAUUUAGGCGGAAACAAUUUUCGUAUUCUACCAUGUGGCUUCAGUCAUCUAUCCAAGCUAGAAAACCUUGGGUUGAAUAACUGCAGAAGUCUUCAAUCUAUCUUAGAUCUUCCUUCUAAUUUACGUAGCAUGGAUGUUUGUGGUUGUGCAUCACUUGAAAAAGUAUCUGAUUUGUCAAAAGUAAAGGAUGUAAUAAUUUGGUUCAGUAACUCCAAAUUACAUCGUCUCUCAAAUGGUAAUAAUGAUGGAAUGCAAGAUCCUCAUUGUUUUCAAGGUGCACGAAUCAUUCCCUUGGACAAGCCCAGGCUCAACAAUUUACAAAAUCCCUGUCAGCAUCUUCAUGACGGGCCUUUCAUGAGUGGUGAAAAUUUCUACACCGAUAGUGACUUCAGCCGUUGGUUCCUCCAUACAGUAACAGGGUCUUCUUCGAUAUCCUUAGAAGUGCCAGUAAUGCCAGGGGAAGACGACUACGUUUCAGGGUUCAGUGUGGAAGUUGUUUUUUAUAGAGCUGGGGAUGAAGAAAGCUGCUCCAUGGAAUUAGAUGAUUAUCCAUACAUCAUUAUUACUGAUAAAAUUAAUGGCAUCGAUUUUAUAUGUACCCCAACCUUCUUUGCUAUCCCUAAGAGUAGUGGAGAUUAUGUUUGGCAAAGCCGUAUAGGAGUUGAAGAAUAUUUUGGGUAUAGAAUUAAAGGUGGUGAGCAAUUUGAGAUUUCUAUUAUUAUGCUGCCACCUUUUAGAGUGAAACAAUGUGCGAUGGAUCUGAUUGUCCGUCACAUCGGAGGCAACACCAUCAACUUCUCUGGAUUGAGUAGUUUACCGGAACCCUCCUCCUACAGAUGAUGAAGGAUAAUCAAGAGGAUUAUUUUGGAAAGUAAGUUAAAAUGUGAUUCAAAUAGGGUAAAAAUCAAAAAUUAACUUUUAACCAAAUUCUCAAAUUAGGGGGGCCAUCUCACGUUACAAAUACAUUGCAAAUGGAUUUUUCAUUUACCAUUGUAAUGGAUUCUACAGCGAGCCUAAGAAUGACAUUUUAUUAUAUUUCAUCCCAUUCUAAUUAAUCAUUAUUCCCAAUGAAAUUGGUCCGACACUUAAAUCACCUUGUUUUGUUUUGUUU